AUGGCAUCUUCUACCGCCGAAGAACCUCUCCUGUCCCAUCAACACGGCGAGGAAGAGGAGGAGAAUGAUGUGGAUGAAGAUGUCUCAUUACUUCUCGAGAAGAAUUUGAGUAAACCCGGGCUAUUCGUUUGGCUGCUUGCUUUUUCUGCAGGUAUUACCGGGCUAUUAUUUGGAUACGACACUGGCGUAAUAUCCUCUACCCUAAUAAGUCUCCAUACUUCUCUCGGCCGCCCCCUGACAACUCUCGACAAAUCCCUAAUAACAUCAUGCACCUCUCUCUUCGCACUCAUCAUCUCUCCUCUUUCCGGCGUCCUCGCCUCCUCUCUCGGUCGCAAACGUGUUGUCCUUCUAGCAGAUCUAGCAUUCGUUCUCGGCGCACUCAUCCAAGCGUUUACAACAACAGUAUGGGGCAUGAUACUCGGACGAAGUAUUGUAGGACUUGCGGUCGGAGCAGGUAGUUUUGUUGCUCCGUUGUAUAUAAGUGAAUUAGCACCAACCAUGUGGAGAGGUAGAUUAGUGGUGUUGAAUGUAUUGUUUAUUACAUUGGGGCAAGUUGUGGCUUAUAUUGUUGGAUGGGCUUUUGUAGAAUGGGGAAGUCUAGAGACGGGUUGGAGGUGGAUGGUUGGUUUGGGUGCGGUGCCUGCAGCGGUACAGAUCUUAGUAAUGCUGUUUAUGCCGGAGACGCCAAGGUGGUUGGUACAAGUCGGGAGGGUAGAUGAGGGGAGAAGUGUUUUGAGUAGAGUUUUUGGGAAAGGGUUCCAGAUGCAGAAGGUGGUCGACGAGGUUUUGAAGGGAAUCGAAAGAGAAGUGAGAGAGGAAGAUAAGGCGAAAAGGUUAAGAGAGAUGGCGAGGAAAACUAAGGGAUCGGAGGACUCGUGGAUAAGUGACGCGAAGGAUAGCUGGGAAGAAUUAAUAGGGGUUGGAGGAAAUAGGAGAGCUUUGACAAUUGCCUGUCUUCUGCAAGGUCUUCAACAGUUGUGUGGUUUCAAUUCCCUCAUGUACUUCAGCGCCACAAUCUUCACUAUCGUUGGGUUCUCGUCUCCAACUCUAACAUCUCUUUCCGUCGCACUCACAAAUUUUAUCCUAACCUGCGCCGCUCUCAUGCUCAUCGACCGCAUCGGUCGUCGUCGUAUCCUCCUCAUUUCAAUCCCCAUAAUGGUUAUAGGACUCCUCCUCUGCUCCAUAGGCUUCCACUUCAUGGAUCUCCCUUCUACCCUCUCCUCUACUCCCACUACAUCAUCCUCCACCUCUACCUCCCGCAUUCCACCUCUCAUAAUCCUAACAGCAAUAAUGCUCUAUACCGCAGCCUUCGCCCUCGGUCUUGGAAACGUCCCAUGGAUGCAAUCUGAACUCUUUCCCCUCUCAGUCCGUUCCCUCGGCUCUUCUCUCUCUACUUGUACAAAUUGGUCGGCAAAUUUCAUUAUAGGACUUACGUUUCUUCCAAUGAUGGAACAGUUAACUCCAACGUGGACGUUUGUUGUGUAUGCGGUGGUAUGCGCGGUUGGAUGGUGGGCGAUUUGGUGGGUGUACCCGGAGACGAAGGGGUUGGGAUUAGAGGAGGUGGGGUUAUUGCUGAGGGAUGGAUGGGGUGUUAGAGGACAGAAGGGGCGAGAGGGAAUGAAUGAUGAAGAAGAGAGGGAGGAAAGAGGGUAG